UUCACCCAAGCUUAAGGAUGGAGGUGCAGUUAGGUCUGGGGAGGGUCUACCCCCGACCGCCGUCCAAGACCUACCGAGGAGCUUUCCAGAACCUGUUCCAGAGUGUACGCGAAGUGAUCCAGAGCCCGGGUCCCCGGCACCCUGAGGCUGCGAGUGCAGCACCUCCCGGCGCCCGUUUGCAGCAGCAGCAGGAGACCAGUCCCCAGCAGCAGCAGCAGCAACAGCAGCAGCAGCAGAGUGAGGAUGGCUGUCCCCAAGUCCAGAGCAGAGGCCCCACAGGCUACCUGGCCCUGGACGAGGAACAGCAGUCUUCACAACAGCAGUCAGCUCCCGAGGGCCCCCCGGAGAGCGGCUGUGUCCCAGAGCCCGGAGCUGCCUCGGCAGCCGGCAAGGGGCUGCAGCCGCCGCCGCCAGCACCUCUGGAAGAGGAUGACUCAGCUGCCCCAUCCACGUUGUCCCUGCUGGGCCCCACUUUCCCCGGCUUAAGCAGCUGCUCCACCGAUCUUAAAGACAUCCUGAGCGAGGCCGGCACCAUGCAACUUCUUCAGCAGCAGCAGCAACAGCAGCAGCAGGAGGCGGUAUCUGAAGGCAGCAGCAGCAGCGGGAGAGCGAGGGAGGCCACUGGGGCUCCCAUCUCCUCCAAGGACAGUUACCUAGGGGGCAGUUCGACCAUCUCGGACAGCGCCAAAGAGUUGUGUAAGGCAGUGUCGGUUUCCAUGGGCUUGGGUGUGGAGGCAUUGGAGCAUCUGAGUCCUGGGGAACAGCUUCGGGGGGAUUGCAUGUACGCCCCGCUCCUGGGAGGUCCACCAGCUGUGCGUUCCACUCCUUGUGCCCCGUUGGCUGAAUGCAAAGGUUCUCUGCUGGAUGAUGGCCCGAGCAAGGGCACCGAAGAGACUGCUGAGUAUUCCCCUUUCAAGGCAGGUUACACCAAAGGGCUGAACAGUGAGAGCCUGGGCUGCUCUGGCAGCGGCGAAGCAGGGGGCUCCGGAACACUUGAGCUGCCAUCCGCCCUUUCUCUGUACAAGUCUGGAGCACUGGACGAGGUAGCAGCUUAUCAGAGUCGCGACUACUACAACUUUCCGCUAGCCCUGGCCGGGCCGCCGCCCCCUCCGCCGCCUCCCCAUCCUCAUGCCCGCAUCAAGCUGGAGAACCCCCUGGACUAUGGCAGCGCCUGGGCGGCCGCGGCGGCACAAUGCCGCUAUGGGGAUCUGGCGAGCCUGCACGGCGGGGGUGCAGCAGGACCGGGCUCAGGGUCACCCUCAGCUGCCGCCUCCUCUUCCUGGCACACUCUCUUCACAGCCGAAGAAGGCCAGCUCUAUGGGCCCUGUGGCGGAGGCGGGGGCGGCAGCGCAGGCGAGGCAGGGGCUGUAGCCCCAUACGGCUACACUCGGCCACCUCAGGGGCUGGCGGGCCAAGAAGGUGACUUUCCGCCACCCGAUGUGUGGUAUUCUGGCGGCGUGGUGAGCAGAGUGCCCUAUCCAAGUCCCAGUUGUGUCAAAAGCGAAAUGGGCCCCUGGAUGGAGAGCUAUUCUGGACCUUAUGGGGACAUGCGGUAA